AUGGGAUCUCAUGCAGGACAAAAACCACACGUAGUUUGCGUGCCUUAUCCGGCUCAAGGCCACAUCACUCCGAUGCUUAAAGUGGCUAAGCUUCUCCACGCCAGAGGCUUCCACGUCACCUUCGUCAACACUGUCUACAACAACAACCGUCUCCUACGAUCCCGUGGUCCCAACGCCCUUGAGGGCAUUCAUUCAUUUCGGUUCGAGUCCAUCCCUGACGGCCUACCAGAAACUGACGUGGACGUUACGCAGGACAUCAUUUCCCUUUGCGAUUCCACCAUGAAGCACUGUCUCACUCCGUUUAAGGAGCUUCUCCGGAAGAUUAACGCCGGAGGUGAUGUCCCUCCGGUGAGUUGUAUCGUAUCCGACGGUUGUAUGAGCUUUACUCUUGAUGCUGCAGAGGAACUCGGUGUCCCGGAUGUUUUUUUCUGGACCACAAGUGCUUGUGCCUUCAUGGCUUAUUUCCACUUUUACCUCUUCGUCGAGAAGGGUAUAGCUCCUUUUAAAGAUGAGAGUUACUUGACGAACGAGCACUUAAACACAGUUAUUGAUUGGAUACCAUCAAUGAAGAAUCUAAAACUAAAGGACAUUCCUAGCUUCAUCCGUACCACUAAUCCUGAUGACCUUAUGCUUAAUUUCAUAAUCCGCGAGACCGACCGAGCCAAACGUGCCUCUGCUAUCUUUCUCAACACAUUUGAUGACCUUGACCAUGACAUCAUCCAGUCUAUGCAAUCCAUUUUACCUCCGGUUUAUUCAAUUGGACCGCUUCAUCUCUUAGCGAACCGGGGGAUGCAAGAAAGUAGUGAGAUUGGACGGUUGGGAUCGAAUUUAUGGAAAGAGGAGCCAGAGUGUUUGGAUUGGCUCGAUACCAAGGCUCGAAACAGCGUCGUUUACGUUAACUUUGGGAGCAUAACGGUUUUGAGCGCGAAGCAGCUUCUAGAGUUUGCUUGGGGUUUGGCGGGAUGUGGGAAAGAUUUCUUGUGGGUGAUCCGACCUGAUUUAGUAGCCGGAGAGGAGGCCGUGGUGUCGCCGGAGUUCUUGAAAGAGACGGCAGACCGGAGUAUGCUGGCGAGUUGGUGUCCUCAGGAGAAAGUACUUUCUCAUCCGGCGAUCGGAGGGUUUUUGACGCACUGUGGAUGGAACUCCAUGUUGGAGAGUAUCGCAGGUGGAGUUCCAAUGGUGUGUUGGCCGUUCUUUGCAGACCAGCAGACAAAUUGUAAAUUCUGCUGCGACGAGUGGGAGGUUGGGAUGGAGAUUGGUGGAGAUGUGAGGAGGGAGGAGAUUGAGACGGUGAUUAGAGAGUUGAUGGAUGGAGAGAAGGGAAAGAAAAUGAGAGCCAAGGCGGAGGAUUGGGGGCGUUUGGCGGUGGAAGCGACGGGGCAUGAGCAUGGUUCUUCGGUUGUAAAUUUUGAGGAGGUUAGCAAAAUUCUUUUGGCAAAGAGAUCAGAAGAUUGA